AUGCCGGCCGAAAGGAGCACCACCAGAACUGGGGCUCUCGUCAUCUCUUUCGCAACCGGAAGUGGUCGUAUUGAAAAGUGUGUCGGCAUGACGAUGCCACCUUUUGUGGAUCAGCCUCGUCGAGUCGGUUUUGUUGUCUCCUUCGCCCUCUUUUUAUGUAUGGACGUGCCCGGACAGGGCGAAUCAUUGCGAGACGGGGCCAGACCGAGUCAGUCCUGUUCCGAGGUUGGCCAGUUGGUCCGACGGUCCCGCGGUCCAAGUCCCGUUGUCACCGGACGGCCGACCGGUGGCUUGGACACGCUCGACCCGGUCUCGGUGCCGGUCAGCGGAGCACAGCCUGUCCGGCCAUUGGUUCAAGUCCUUGCCGACUUGAUCGAAACUGCUGUCGGUGUCGAGCCCGGCCUGAGGGCCGGUUGGUCGGUCGGUCGAUUGACUGUAGCUCUGCAGUACGCAUCCAGUGGCUGGCCUGAAGGCUCGAGUCCCACACGAGGCUGA